CCCGCCGCCAGCCUCAGUGACAAGGACCCCUGCCCGUGCGGCCCCCACCCGUUUCCCCAGACCUUGGAGCGCUAGUCGUUUUCAGCCUUGGGAUUUUUUUGACUUCAGUCGCAACCAUCAAACACCGGCCCAUCACACAAGAGCUCUUGAGUCGUCCAGCACAACCAAUUGCUUUAUUCUCGCCAACCCCCUUUACCCUCGCUUAACCACCACCGCCCCUCCCCCCAAUACCACAAUCAAAAUGGCUGGCCUCGGUUCCGACGCCCAGCUCUUCGAGGACAACUUCCGCGUCCACAAGCUCUCCGACAAGAAAUACGACCGCGUCGACCGCAUCUACGCCACCUCGGAAGACAAGUCAAUCGAGAUCACCCUCGACAUCAACAAUGAGCUCUUCCCCUGCAAGGAAGGCGACGAGCUGAACAUGCUCAUCGCCACCUCCCUCCACUACGACGGCACCAAAGACGACGAGCGCGGCUGGCGCGACGUCGCCAAGAUGGGUGCGAGCGAGGGCUCGCUUGCCGACCAGUACGACUAUGUCUGCUACGGCAAGAUUUACAAGUUUGAGGAUGGGGAGGACGGGCAGACGAUCAAGGCAUACAUCUCCUUCGGCGGGCUGCUGAUGUCUCUUGUCGGGCCUUACAAGAAGCUCACCCCGUUGAGGGUGGAAUACGUCUACCUCUUGGUUCGCAGACGAUGAUCAACUUGAUUAUGGACAGCAAACCACACCAUCGGACGAGAGCGCUCAUGUUGGUUAAACGAGAGAGGAAAAGACUUUGCUUGCGUCUAUAAUAUGAAAUCUAUCAAAGGAAUAGCCAUUUCUCCAAGCGCGCCCGCAACCAAAGACCCUUUCGAGAAGCAAGAAGAGAGAGAAGGAGUAGUACAGCAUGGGGAAUCUGGCGUUAAGGGUGCAAAAGGAACAAAUUUAUGGACAGGAACAAAAAAAAAAAGCUGGAGGAUGGGGGCAAUGACAGAAGAAAUAUCCAGACACGGAGCUAGCUUCUUGUUCUUCAACACCUCGUAUCAGGAUGCUGGUAAUCCCAGUGUGGUCCAGGAAAGGGAAUGAAGCGAUGGGCCCGGGCGCAAAUCUGAUCAUAGUAUGGCUCGUUUUCCGGAGUGUAGACACCGUGUC